UUUGACAGUGUCGGUUGAGUAAUAGUCGUUUGUGGCAUUCUUUGCUUCAGUUCCUGAUUUUCUUGUCUGAAACGCGGGGCUGGGGAUGAAACGGCAGCUCUGUCUGUGUUAGUAGCCUUCUUUAGUGUUGGUUUAUUAUGCUUGUAUGUUGGUUUUUUAUCUUGUACAGUUUAGUAUCGGAAACCUCAAAUGCCUUCAAAUGACAGAUUAGUGGGCGCCUGGUCAUAGGAGGAAAAUGACAACUCUCUUUGGACCGUUUAUUAUUGCGUUCAUCUCUAUUUGUAAAGGUCAGCAUCACAUGACCUGCAACGUUUUCCCUAAAGAUCAGUACAUCCAAGAGGGAUCCAGUGCUGGGAUAUUCUGCCAGACUUCCUGCGUGAACAGCAACAUCUACUGGACACUGAACAACAACAACAACGUUAAGGAAAGCCUGUCAAGUACCAUCAACUCCACACACACAUAUCUGGUACUGAGAAACGUCACUUCUCCCCUUGUGACACUGCAGUGCCACGAUGCUCAUACCAAGCAGGUCCUCGGAGGCACCACCAUAAGAACAUAUUCAAAGCCCAUAAAAAUAGCAUGUAUCUUGUUUUACAAUGGUCCAGAGAACGUUGGUUUGAAUCUGAAUUUUACAUGCAAAUGGGAGCAUCGGACCAAUUCCUCAUCGAAAAUACGCUACACUGUACUUUUGUCCUCCCAUAAAGAAAGGGAAAAGAGGGAGGUCUGCAAAUCAACCAAAGCAACAGAGUGCUCAUUUGAGGACAUAGUAUUAUUCACUAAAAUGUUGCAAAAAGAAAACAGUCAAGAAAACAAUAAUUUUACUAUUACUAUUAGAGCUAGAACUGAUGCUUGGGAAGUUGACUCGGACCCUUACGAAUUUAACCCUCACCACAUAUGGAAAAUGAACUUACCGACUGUAGCGAUAACUGCUGGCUCUGAUCAACUGUUGGUGGAGUGGACCGUAUCACCAGAGUCCAACGAGUCUCUUUGCCAAAUUAAAUACUACAUGGUUUCAUUAUCCAAUGAAGACACACCAAAGUUUGUCACUGAGACUUCAAAAGAGUAUGGGAACGCCAGCAUUAAAGAAGUGGAAUCCUGCACAAAUUAUAGCAUUUCGGUCCGAUGCGCCUUUCUGGAAGCACCAUGGAGCAACUGGAGCCCAGAGAAGACGGUUCUGACCAGACUUAACAAGAAACAUUUCAGGCUCCACUUGUGGAGAAAGGUGUCUGAUCUGGGAGAAAAUGGAAAGAGAAAAGUCUGUGUCAUGUGGAAGGGUAUUCCCUCUACAUGUCGAGAGACCUUUACCUACACUAUCUCACUGACCUCUCAGAUGAAGUGGAAUUAUACUUCAUGUAGAAGCUCGGCUUGUGAUGUUGAUCUGGACCAUCGUGCACACAGACUUAAUCUUACAGUUUCCCAUAAUGGAAUUGUUUUUGCGGAGCAGUCAAUUUACAUUCCAGCCGUGGAAGAGACAGGCCUCCCUAAAGUAACCGACAUCCAAACCUCAGCUGAUGAAGGCGUCAUUGAGGUGAGCUGGAACGGACCUCCUCAGCCUGUUAGCACUUACGUUAUUGACUGGACCCACGAUGGAAGUCAAUACUACUGGAGGGAGACCAAAUUCGCCAAUGCAACUCUCAAGGACCUCCUGGAUGGAAAGCCUUAUAACAUCACAGUAACUCCCCUCCUCGGUGAUAAGACGGGUCAGAGCGAGCAGGCUGUUCAGAUAUGCAGCCGAGUCGGAGUUCCAGGGCAUACGACCAUCACAAAUGUACAGGCUUACGACAAAAGCACCUUCGUCAGCUGGGAAACGCAGUCAGAAGGUGCAUGCAGUGGUCCUGUUCUCAGCUAUACGGUCUUUUAUGAGGCACACAACAGAACGCUCAAUGUUACCGUGGAUGGCAAAAUUCACAGCAUCUUUUUGAAAGAUCUGAUCCCGAACACGCCAUACAUUCUCUAUGUGGAAGGAAAGGGCCACACCGGAAAUACCAGAAGUAGACAAAUGUUCUUUAAUACCAUGAGAUUUGAUCCGAGGCUCCUCGCAGUGCUCAGCAUUGUUGGAAGCAUCCUUAUCCUUUUUGUGUUGGGUCUUGGAUUGUGCUGCGUCGUUCAGUGGAAGAAAUGUGGCGAGAAGCCGCUGCCAAAUCCAGGCCUCAGCUCUGUGGCGACGUGGCUGUCGCAAAGUCAAGAGAAGGACACAAGCGUCUUCCAGGCGUUCAGUAAUCCAUCCCAAGAUCUGAUUGAACAAGUCUUCACAGAGGAAGCUGAUGAACCACCCCUCCCCUCACCAGCUGUAGAUGGUGAUGACAAUGUAGCCAGCAAUGAAACACAGGAAUACUCUGCCUCAGCCAUGCCUCUGCCAGUCAGUCAAGACGUGCAGAAAAAUGCGCCGGACGAACAUGGAACUCCCUUUGAACCUUUUGGGGAAUCCACAGUAUUCCUUUCCACAGAAGCCAUUCCCAUCAGCCCAUAUCGUAGUCAGACUUCUCUCCAAGCCCCUGUGCAGAAAAUCUCAAAACAGCAUAAGCAGGUUUCAUGCAAACAGUCGGAAAAAAUAUUACUCAAGUCUGUAUAUGUCAGGCUGAACAUGUUUGAACCAGAAGAUGUCAGGUGAGGCCGUUGGAAAUAAUUUGGCUUCAAGCAAAAUGACUAAGCCUUGCAUCACUCCGGUGAAAAAGGAUUCUGGAAUAUGAAUUAGUAUGCUAGGAAACAAUGCUGUUUAUUGCAUGCAUUGGAAUCCUUAUUCCAAACAUUUACAACACUGCGCAAAACCUUUUCAGCAGUAUUUCAUUUUCUUCCAAGAAGCCAUAUUUUCUGUUAAUAUUUUUAAAUGCUCCAAGGAUAAAGGAUCUGGAGGAUUUUCAAACAUUUUCUUUCAACAUUGCCUGUUGUCGCAAUCUCUUUUACGUCACUUUUUGACACCAUUUUUAUAGAAAUAUUUUAACCACAAAACACUAAGGUGUGACAAAAGACUCAAAAAGUGGACUGAAAGCCGGCGGCACCGUUUGCAUCAUAGCCAGGAGCCAGACAUCAGCGUGACUGAAGCAGUGUUGGACCGUUUGGACAGAGAAUGGAAAUAGAGAUAGCCGACGUCCAAAGAAGAACUCUGCGGUGUCCUUUUUGAGAAAAUUUGAGAACUGUUUCCGAAAGCUUGUCUAGGAGAGUUCGGGCUGUGCUGUGGAAUCAAGAUGCUAUAAAACAGACUUUCAAGCUUGGAAGAAUCUAACAAAACUUUGCUUUGUGUGUUGCACUCACACUUAGGUUUGCACGUUUCAGAAAAAUUGCUGCACCCAUUUCCUCACAGUAUCUAAAGAAAUAGUGGUGGCUCAAGACUUUUGUGCAAUGUCUCAGUUCCUACUCCUAGUCUCAGAACUGCGACACAAACAUUCAACUAACAUUCAAAGCUGAAGAUGUAAAAUGUUAUAUCAUUUACCUCCAUACUGAUGCUGUAAUGUGUAUUUUUUGGUAAUGUACAGAUGACAGCAUAUUCAUGCUAUUCCUGGGUGUUAUUGUGGCACUAUUCCCAUAAAGCUAUUAACGUGUUAAAAAGAUGUGCAUAUUGACAUAUACUGUGAAAGUGGAAUGGAAUACAUAAGCAGAUAAACAUGAAAUAAAAUGGCAAUGCAUGGAAUUCUUUAGGGAGAUCAUGUAGAACUACAUUUGACUUGCAAAAAAAGUAGUAAUAUGAUCUGAAUUAAGUUCCAUUUUAAACUUCAAGCUUCUUUAAUAGCAUUAAACAGCAGGUAUUUUUUUACUGUGAGGAAAGGGGAGGGUGUCACGGCAACCAAAAUGACCAUUUUAGUCAAUCUAAAACUUU